UUAGUAUACAUUUUGAAAUCAAAUGCGGAGUUGCAGGUUAUUAACUGGUUAAGUUGGAUCUCUUGGACGACAUGAAAGAACAAAACAUUCACUAUCUCUAGACAUGCCUCAGAGAGAGAGAGAGAGAGAGAGAUCACCACCACCACCAUGACACAAUUGACUCUCCUACUGCGGGACCUUGACGACGAUGACCACAUGAGAGGCAUCAGCUUACCUUGAGUCCUCACAGCCUCGUCCUCUGUUCUCCAACAGGGCUGGUGAUGAUAAACCCCAUCCACCAACCAACCCGACAAGCGCUCAAGACUUUCGCUCAAUCGCCCAUUUGAUCGUAAUCCAGUCCCUCUGAAUCAAACAAGCAGAACCCACUUCGCAUUGAUCUCAAAACGUUGUACUCCUCCAUCAAUGUAGUCGUAUAAUUCCACGAGUUCCCUGGGAAGAGGAAUACCAAAGGACUAAGCCCAUUACUGAUGUGUUGAUAUUCAGAAUCCGAGACAGAUCCAAUUUCACUACCAAAAUGCCUUCAUAUGACGUCUGAGAAAGGAAUGAGGCCCAAGCGACCAAGAACACUGUACAUUAGGUUUAUGAGCGAGCUUUUCCCAGCGCCAGAGAAAUCCACCAAGAGAAUUGUAACAAUUGGAGGAAUCCCUAUAUCUUCCUUGUUGAUUCCAACUGUGGGUAGCCAAAAAUCGCUGGAACGGUAAGUGAGGAGCUUACGGCGAAGCUCGUCAAGCCCUUCUGGGGCGAUUAAGGCGAGCCACUCCAUUUCUCUGAGGACUUUGAGCCUGGGAGUGAGGUUGGAUAGCUUGGAUAGUUUUAGCUUUAUCUGACCUUGGUCGUUGAAUUCCUCCGCGGAUCUCAACCAACAGAAAAAGCGGCCUUGAAGACUCGUUGUCAUCUUCGUCGCUGAGAGAGAGAGAGAGAGAGAGAGAGGGCUUCGCAUCUCCUUCAGCUUCUUUUGGGGAUUUCCCAUUAAAAGGAGGGACGGUUAUAUGGAUUUCCUUGAUUGAAGUCAUGUAGAUGGGUGAAAAGAGCGACAUGAGAGCAGGAAAGAAGAAUCGUUAUCUUUCAGAGGACAGAGAAUUAAAGCUGAUUCUGUUCUCAGACAGGGCCUUAUCAAAUUUGAAUUGGCGAAGUCUGUUUGAGUCUUCCAGGAGACUCUGAAACAAUGUGCUCUUCACGUUCGGUUGAAUAAAAUUGUUUUCUACCCAAAAGCAAACGUUACAUAAUACACAGAUUACCAAAAAUCCAUGAAAUGGAGCAUUCUUCAGCUGUAACUUGUCAUAGCCAGCAAGAACACCUGCACGGCAACUGCACGUAGAAUGGGAAUGUAAUCCCAGCAAGCACGGACCUCGAUUCACCCAUAUGCCAUCGAGAGCAAGUUAGAGAAUUUUCACCCUAUGGUUGCUGAUGUUUGGUGUGUAUACGAUAGUAUACAGCUUUUAGGUGCUACACAGAUCCGGAAACUGCUUUCAAUAGAGAAGAAUCAACCUAUUGAGGAAGUUGUCCAAUCUGGUAUUGUUCAUUUCUUAGUUCAGUUUCUUGAGAGGGAAAACUUUCCAUUGCUUCAGAUUGAAGCAGCUUGGCCUCUUGCAAACAUUGCCUCUGGAACCUCAGAUCAUACACAGGCUGUAAUUGAUCAUGGUGCUGUCCCCGUCUUUGUGAAGCUUCUUGGUUCUCCUAGUGAUGUACUUCAGGACCAUGUUGUAUGGGCACUUGCAAAUAUUGUUAGUGAAUCCCCUCGGAGUCGAGAUGUUGUCCUUAGUCAUGGAGCCUUGAAUCCAUUGCUCGCACAGUUGAAUGGGCAUACAAAACUUUCUAUGCUCAGAACUAUAGCCUGGACACUAUCGAAUUUCUUCAGGGGCACGCCACCGGCUCCAUUUGAGCAGACCAAGCCUGCCCUUAUAGCACUUGGACGUCUUAUGCAUUCUGAUGAUGAAGAAGUCUUGUCAGAUACACGUCGGGCAUUCUCAUAUAUGCCUGAUGUCACAGAUGAUAAAAUCCAAACAAUCAUUAAAACUGGUGUUGGACCCCAACUUGUAGAGCUACUGUGAUAAGUUUCUUUCUGUCCAUUUCCAGAAGAGAAACAUUGAUCCAUCCCUACCAAAAAAAGAAAAAAAGGAACAAAUGUGUAUCUGCAAAGCUGAUAUCCUUCAUCCUUUGUUUCUUGCCAGCCAUACAUCUCCUUUUGUGCUCACUCUUGCCCUUCAUACGAUUGGAAAUAUGAUCACUGGAGGAGAUGAACUGACUCA